AUGGACUCCGGUCGCUUGCCUCAUGGCGACCACGAUCGAUCGGCGUUGAACCUCCCUGUUAUUUCCAACAACUUCUCUAGAUCUUCCCCAGAGAAGCUGUCACAAGCGGAAAUCCCUACUGGUAAUGAGAAAAACCCUAGUGAUAUUGAUGAAACAGUCAUGGUGGAGGAGGUUGUUCCCACCAGCGAGAAAGAAGCGGUUCCAACCUCCUCUUCAGGGAAGAAGACUACUUAUGCUGCUGCCUUAGGGCCACGGGUAAGAAAACCGGAUCUCUCUGCUCAUAGAUUUCAGGCCCUUCACACCUCUUCUUCAGGAGGCAUCGACACUUUGAAGAUUCCCUCGGACUUCUUACAACAACGUGUUAUGGAGUUUAAGUUUGCUCUCAUAGGGAGAUUGAUGUUACGUAAAGGAUCGAAACCUAGGCUUACACAAGAUCUAAAGGCUGAAUUACAAAAAAUUUGGAAUACUUCUCAAGAAUGGCAGUUGAUACCGAUGGGAAAAGGUUUUUUUACCCUAAAAUUUAGUUCGUUGGCGGACAAAAAGGUGGCUAAGGAGAAGCUAAAUCUUGAGAUAUCUGACGGUUGUUUGCGUCUUAGGGAAUGGGUUCCGAAAUUUGACCCCUAUAAAGAGUGCUCCUCAUUGGCUCAAGUUUGGGUGCGCAUUUACUAUUUACCAAUUGAAUUAUGGCAUCCGGAAGUGAUAGCGGCUGUUGGACGUUACUUGGGAAAUCCGAUCCGCAUUGAUGGUGGUUCGGCGGACAGAGAUGUGGGUCAUUAUGCUCGGGUCCUAAUUGAAAUUGAUCUUGCCUUACCUCUACGGGAAUCCUUGAUGAUUGAUGAGGAUAAUAGUUCCAUCUAUAUUGAGUUCAGUUAUGAGUCCUUGCCUACGUUUUGCAAUCACUGCAAAAUUGUUGGUCAUACACCAGAGAAAUGCAGAAAACUUAAGCAGAGGGAAGAUCUUAAGAACAAGAAAAAAAUGGGAGAUACGGGUUUGGAGGACAAGGCCGGAGACUCGACCCAAGAUAGGCAACAGUUGGUGGCUGAAUGGCAGCAAAAACAGCCGAAGGCCAACCGGCCAUCGAUGCAGUUAACUGAGACGGUCCCUUCUGAGAUUACUGCUACAGACACCUCGAAGAAGUGCUUAGAGGGUGGGGAUAGUGCGGUUCCGGUUGCUUCUAAGAGUAAGGAAGCUGAUAUUCCUAUCGCUAUUGGUAACUCUUUCCUGGCUCUUUCGGAUAAUGAGAAGACGGGUCCGGAUUUGAUUGAAAAGAUCUUGGUUGAUGCUUCGGAGACUAAGUAUGACAACAUCAUUAACAUUGAUCCUGAUCAGGAUGGGCAGCAACCUGAUUCCCUCAGACUAAAAGGGGGGGCGUCCCUGGAUCAUAAUGCUGAUCUCAAGGUGCUAGCGCUUGAGAAUGCUAUGAAAAUUCAAAAAUUGGAGGCCUACAUUCAAGAGCAGGAGGUCAAGAAGAAACGUGGAAGGCCUCCGGGUUCGAGGAGGGGAGGAAAGACUCUUCAUACGCCUGCAGCUGACUCUAUUAAGAAUAGACUCCGAAAAUCCACAGAUUUGGGACAAAAGGUCCAGAACUUUGUCAUCGAGGAGCCAGAGAGUGCGAGUUUACGCACGAUGCAUAACUUGGCUGCUAAAAGUUGGGCGGCGGAAAUGGAGCUGGAGGAAACUCCAUCUCCAGAUUUUUGA